CGCUCACCUGCAACUCGGAGCGGUCCAUCUCGUUCUGCCAUGCUGCAGUGUUGAGGACGAGGGUCCUAACUUGCCUCCAGCAUGGCGGUAGCUUCUGCAGGGGGAGUUCUGCUCUCGUCUCCCACCUGCUCGCUCUCGCUUUGGUGUGAACUGUUACCGCGCUCUCGUUCUUCUACUGAUCGGUUGUCUCAUCUCGUUGUUCACUCUGCACUUAUUUCUUUGUCUACCCUCCACCUUCCCCAGCUCCUCCUAUCAUGCCUUGUUGUCCUGGAACACUCGUGUUCUGGUCUUUGUAUUGGUACUGGUAAUGGAGAAAUCCCAAGUGCCCUAUGAUACCCGCUGAAGCCGUACUCGAAGGCAGGGCGCCACAGCGUUGGAUUUGCUUCGUAAAUGUAAUAGCUCAUCUAGGAACUUCCUUUUUUCUUGUAUAGGAAUGUUCUGGUUAGGCGCCAGUGAUAGGAAGAUGCCUACGCGAAUUGGUCAAUUAAUGGCACUGCGUUCUUCCUGAAGCAAUAACCUCGGUGUCAGUCGACGCAGUAAGCCACUUUUCUUGUUGCAUCUCGGGCAUGUUUCCAUUUUCGAGGCUGCAUGUAGCUGGUCGCCCAAUCUUAUGAUCACACUAAGACUUAUGUACAUAAUGAGAUUCGAGUAGCCGAUUGAUCGUUGCAACCCCACAGUGAUGUG